AUGCAAGCGAGGAAGAAACAAGGCUGGUCCGAUAAAGCGAAAUCCUAUGCCACUCCCACGACAUGGAGCGGUGGGGGCAAAGCAACGCCGGGGGUGGGUAGCGGUGGCGACGGAACUGCUGCAGGAUUAGGAGCGUUGACGGCUCGAUCUGAUGCUACCAGUGCGGGGGCGCUAACAGCUAGGUCUGGAGCCCGAAGUAUCAAGCCUCUUACCCUUGCGGAUGAAUGGAGAUUGCGGGACUUCAGAUUUACUGCAAUGGAACUAGAGAGAGUCAAGACGACUCCAUUUCACCGGUUGCCGCGGAAGGAGCUCAAGGCCCGCAAACUCCUCGGGCGGUUUCACGAUGGACAGGAUACGGCUCCCGCCGAGGGGUUGGCACGAGCGUCUGAGAGGCGCUGCGCCGCGGUGCGAGCCAAGGACAAGGCCGCGCGCACCACUGAGGAGAGCGAGUGGGUCGAGAUUGACAAGAAGAUAUUCCCGGAGUUCUGGCGGCAGAAGGACCGGCAGGAGGCGAGGAAAGUCCCGCGCGAGAAACGAGACAAACAAGGGUAUCAUCAAGGACAACGCGCCAGAGGCGACGAUCCUGUGGCGGAUCUGGAGAACGACAAGCUAAGGGUUCGAGAACUGCUGCUCGCUUUCAACGGUCCGAUUUCAACUUUCGCAAAGGAGAGAGCUCGGUGGGACAGCCGCAAGGUCCUGGAUGGCGAGCUCCUUACCAUGACCUCUAGCAAGCGGAUCGCCCAGUUUGUGGCCACACGUCGCCGCGCGGUCGAAGCUUGCGGUCGGGACAACACCGAUCUGGGACGGCCGCCGGGCCCUGAUGCUAAGGUCAUCGCACUGCUGCGCGAGCUCAUUACCGCAAAGGCCAUCGAUUCCAAGUACAUGGACACCAAAGCCGCGCACAACACCGCGCAGAGGUUCAAUACGGAGCACUAUGCCAAGGAGCUAGAACGAGACAUUGCGUCCCAGCUGCGGGAGCAGAUACUGGAGAGAGAGCGAGCCAUGGUUCACGAGACGAAGGGCGGUACCUACGAGGACGCCAGCGUUAGCGAUAGUUCCGACGACGACGCCGAAAACUGGGAGACGGAAACACCACCACCGGGGGCUCCGUUGGUGGACAAGGUCAAACGAGUUGACGCGAGCUUCCGAGGGGGGCCAACGGGCAAUUCUCGCUCGCCUAGGAAAACGGGCAAGGUCACCGACUCCACUCGUGGCGCUGAAUCGCAGAAUUUCUCGGCGGCGGCAAGGACUAGAAGCAGUGUUGGUCAUGGUUCCACGGCAACUAGUGAUAAACAUUCUGCGCCGAAUUUCGGCGGCAGUGGUAGAGGUGGCAGCGAUUGGGCGAAAGGCGAGGGUGAAGUUCAAGAAAAAGACGCUAGUAGCUGGCAACGUCUUCCCGCCGUGCAAGAGUUUACGCAAGAAGAGGUGGAAGACCUCAUCGGCGAAGAUCCUUCGUGGGAGGGCUGCCGAGCGUGCCUAACGAUCCCCUGUCGGUGGAGUUCGUGCGUGGACUACCGCUCCGUUAGUGCGAGGAAAACGCAGAUACGAGACGAGCUGUUCCGGCUAAUCGGACUGUGGGAUUUGGAUGAAGUGGUGACCGUCCUCCCGCUGAGUUGCGUACGGGGCGGGCCUACCACCCUCCCAAGGAAUGAAGCCAUCAGCGAACUCAGGUGGGAGGCGAAAGAACUUGACCGCCAACUGCACCUCGCCGCUGUCGACAAGGAGCUGCACGACGCCUACGUCUGCAAGGCAGAGGCUAUCGAGGUCAAGUCGCUGCACGAGUAUUCCACGCUGAUGUGGACCAAGGACGCGCAGGUGGCGUUGUCGAAGGAAAGGGAGCUGACCCUGGCGAGAACGACCACCCAAGAGGUGGUCGACGACCUCUUGGAGUCGAUGUUGGACGGCUGGGUGUUUGGGGAGCGGCAAGCGGAGCACGCCGCAGCCGGCAUAAUUCCCGCGGUCAAGGCGUCCGACCCCCUCCGACCCGGGGAUCAAAGACGGGCGGUGGCAUAUCUCGAUCACCGGCAUCGCUUGCGGAGGGUGGCGCAUGCUCAGGGUAAGCAACUCCCCGAGGAGAUCAAGGGAACACAUCACUCCAAGGCGCUACCCAUCGACGACAUCGCCCAGCAGCGCAUUAUUGAAGGCCGUGCAAGCAAGAAGAAAGAAGACCAGAAGCACCUCUUGCGAGAGACGGAGAACACUAUGAAGUUCGGCCUGUUCUCGAUGGUGCAGGGCUACCUGCAUGCAAUGACCCUAGUAAAGAGGGAGAAGGAAGCGUGGUCGUGCAAAGGGGACGUGAUGACCAAGGAGGGCACCAGCUUCCGCCCGCCCCUGACCUCGGAGCGGAAGAAGAUGGUUCAGGAAGUGGUUAAGGCUCGAGAGCGAGCGGCCGCGCAGAAGAAGUUCUUAGAUCGUGCUCGGAAGGCUGAAGACCGCGGGGCGCUCCGAGAGGCGAAGAACAAGCGGCGCGUGUCGCAGCGCAAGGCCAUGAGAGUGCUUGAGAGUAGGGAGAGAGAGAAGGCGUCUAGGAACAUACAGCGAGUGUUCCGUGGAUUCCGCGGUAGGGUCUUCGCCCAGCGCUGGGCCUUCAAGCGCGCGGAGAUAGAGGCUCUUAAGUCUGUCUUACACGAGGCUGCCGUGAACAUCCAGAGGGCCUACCGUGGACAUCUCGGCCGCGUGGAAGCAACGGAGGUGCGCAUGGAGUUGGCGGAGUACAUCGCGGAUAUCCGAGUGAAGGAGGCAGAGAGCGACAUCGAUGAUUUCUGGAAGACGCACAAGCUCAAGGCAACCAAGGACGAAGUCAAGAAGAAGCUACUCAACACAGUGGGCCAGCCCCUGCUGGCCCUGCGCAGGAGGAAGCUGCAGUAG